AUGAACAAUAUGAGAGAGCGCGAUUGCGAAGAUCUCCCGGAUUAUGUGUGCAAAUUUCGCCACGUAGCCACUCAAGUCCGAGAAAUGAGCGAGUUGGACCAAAUCAUGUACUUCCCACGUGGACUUACAGGUCGUACGCGGGAGGAGGUUCAGUACCGUCGCUGUACAACACUUUCCGAAGUUAUUACUGUGGCAUUGGACUUUGAUCGCUCUCAUCCUCAUCGUCGAUAUCGAUCGAACAAUUGUCCUGAGCCAAUGGACAUUUGCAACGUGCAGAUCCCGCCUAGAGACGAAUGUCGCCGCCGAAAUUUGUGCUUCAAGUGCGGUAGUCCGAAUCACCGAUCCGCACAGUGUAAUCAUCGCCAACCACGAAAUGAUAGAGGAAACAAUCGUUCAGGUCGAAGCUAUCGUCAGCAUGUAGAUCGUCAGCAUGUCAACAAUGUGGACAGCCAUGAGGACAAAGAGGACGCCCAAGAAUCCAUUGUUUACGAUCGUGUCACGAUCAAUGCCGUGGAGGUCAGACGGAAGUCUGAGGCAGAACCUAUUUACAUCGUAUCAAGCAGCGUUCAAUCGGACAUGCCAACGCAGAGUCGACUUCUAGUGCGUGAUGGUGUCAUUGGAGGCAACUCCGUCAAGAUUUUGAUCGACUCUGGUGCAUCAACAAAUCUAAUCAGACCCGGUCUGGCAUCGAAAGUUUUAAGCGAACAGAAGGUACAAGCGCGUCGUUUCGAUGGAACGUGGACAUCAAGUCAUCCCACGAAGAGAGUGGAAGACACCAUUUAUAUAGAAGGUAUGGAGUUUCCACGGAUGCAGUUCACGGAAUGGGACCUGCCGAAUACGCACGACUUAAUAUUUGGUCAACCAUGGUUCACCAAAAAAACUCCUGAACGAGAUGCCUCCGACGCGAUCAGUCAACUUCGAGUUGCAAAUGAAGCUGAUGCGAUUCCGAGCUCCCGUGCUCCCUUCCGUCUUUCGAAGGUUGAGCAGGACGCACUGCAACAAUUCGUUGAAGAGAAUAUACGAAAAGGAUGGAUAGAAGUAUCAAACUCUCCAUGGGUCUCAAAUAUCUUUAGGAUUCCAAAGAAAGAUCCUGCAACCGGAAAGUUUCCCAAACGCGCCGAAUGGCUCCGAAGCGGCAAUUCGAAGAUCCCCAUUCGAUGGGUAAUAGACUACCGCUAUGUUAAUAGCAUGUCCGUCGUGGCAAAAAUUCCUCUGCCAUUGAUCGAAGAACUAUUUGACCGCAUGGUUGGAUGCACGUAUUUUACGCUUCUCGAUCUCGCACAAGGGUACCAUCAAAUGGUAGUGUUACCGUCGAGUCGGCCCUACACGACUUCCAGGACCCACAAAGAAACGUAUCAAUGGUGUGUCGCACCGAUGGAUUUAUCAGGUAUGCCGGGAGUCUGGUCACGUCUUAUGCGAACUUUGUUCGAUAAGCUAGGACAAUUUGUUGUCGUGUAUCUCGACGACACCUGUAGCUUUUCCCGUACAAUGGAGGCUCAUCUCAUUCACGUUCGCGCAGUAUGCGACGUGUUGCGCAAGGAAAAGCUGUACGCUCGUCUCUCCAAAUGCGCUUUUGGUCGUCAGGAGAUCGCAUUUUUAGGACAUAUGGUUUCCAAAGAUGGUCUGCGCGUCGACCCAAGAAAAACCAAUACAAUCGCGACAUUCCGAGCGCCUACAUGUCGCAAAAAAUUGCUGAUUUUUUUGGGUCUAGCGGGAUAUUUACCGGCGAUUUAUCUGCAAUUUUGCACGGAUAUCGCGUCCUCUUCACGAUUUAACCAAGAAGGAUGCGCAAUGGACUUGGGGGGAGAAUCAACACAAGGCUUUUAA